GGUUGCCACCACCAUCAUCAUCAUCAUCAUCAUAAUCUUCUUAUUCAGCAACCACACAAUAGCAAUGGUGAUAGAGAUUGUGGAGCCUAACACUUGCAUUAGGGGUUGCUGCACCAGCUCCUCUAUUCCUCUGCAUCUCCCUCCUUCCUCUUAUACUCUUCUCUCACCAAUUGCCCGAGGGGCCGAGAGUGUUGUUUAUGAAGGGACUUUGGAUGGCAAGAAGGUUGCUGUGAAGAAACCCAUCUUGUCAAUUUCAGAAGAUAUUAAUAAGUUUCAUAAAGAAUUGCAAUUGCUUUGCAAGCUAGAUCACCCAGGAAUAGCAACACUAAUCGCCGCCCAUGCAAAGCCACCCAAUUACAUGUUUUUCUUCAAGUUGUAUGAAUCUGCGAAUCUUGCACAGAAGUUACAUGUGGAGGAAUGGAUCCCGACUAUCAAUCAUGCCCUUAUGAUAACAAUGCAGUUAGCAUUGGCUUUGCAAUAUCUGCAUAACCUCGGGAUUGUACAUAGAGAUGUGAAACCAGCAAAUAUUCUUCUUGACGAAAAUCUUCGUCCCCACCUUACAGAUUUUGGUUUGGCAGAAUACAAGAAUGAUCUUAAAGGAGUUUCCCUUGAGAAUUGGAAGUCUUCUGGAAAGCCUACUGGUGGUUUUCACAAAAAGAAUAUGGUUGGAACACUCAUUUACAUGGCACCUGAAAUAUUAAGGAAGGAGCUACAUACAGAAAAAUCAGAUGUGUACAGUUUUGGGGUAUCAAUCAAUGAACUCCUUACUGGUGUUGUGCCAUAUACUGAUCUUCGUGCAGAAGCACAGGUCAGCCUAUCUAUCUCAUGUGCUCACACAGUGCUUGAGAUGAACUAUACCGAGCAGCAACUAACAGCGGCUGUUGUUUCAGAUGGAUUACGACCAGUCCUUGCUACUGAGGAGUUGGGUAUACCAUCAAGAUUAUUGUCAAUGAUACAAAAGUGCUGGGAUACAAAUCCUAAAAGAAGACCUUCCUUUGAUGAUAUUGUCAAGGAGCUUGAUUUUAUAAUGGAGCACAGGACGACAAAGAAGGCAGAAGAUAUGCAUAUCAGACCUUGCAACUUGCAUGUUGAUCAACUUGUGGAUGAGACCAGUUACCUUCCUGCUUGUCAAGAGAGUAUUAACUGGUCCACUCAAGGUGAACUUUUUGCCAGGAGUUCCUCUAGUGCCACUGAUUCUUGUUUGAGAACAUGGCGUGAGUCUUAUGACGACCCUUUAGUAUACCAUCCAACACUCUCUUGGGGAUCUUAUGCUACCUGUGGGAGAAGGGAGACUAUGGAGGACACACAUUUCGUUCUGCCCCAUAUUUGCAAUGAAAAUGAUGUCUAUGCUUUUGGUAUCUUUGAUGGCCAUAGGGGUGCAGCAGCUGCUGAGUUUUCUUCUAGAGCUGUACCAGCAGUUUUGCAAACUUUAGAUUUUAUCGGAAGCCCUGCUAAUGCACUAGUGGAAGCAUUCCUUAAGACAGAUGCUGCCUUCAGAAAAGAGCUUGAUUCCUUUCGUAAAACCAACAGAUGUAUGCAGAAGGAUUGGCAUCCUGGUUGUACUGCAAUUGCUGCUCUUGUAGUCAGGAACAAGCUAUUUGUUGCUAACAUCGGUGAUUGCAGGGCAAUCUUAUGUCGCGCUGGUAACUCCAUUGCUCUAAGUAAGGAUCAUGUUGCAAGCUGUCUUGAAGAGAGAGAGCGCGUUAUUCGUCAUGGGGGCCACGUACAUUGGCAAGUUGAUACCUGGAGAGUCGGCCUUCCAGCGCUUCAGGUUACUCGUUCUAUUGGUGAUGAUGAUCUGAAGCCCGCUGUAACUGCAGAACCUGAGAUUGCCGAGAGUACCUUAUGUGCUGAGGAUGAAUUUCUGGUCAUGGCUAGUGAUGGUCUCUGGGAUGUCAUAAGCAGUAUGGACGUUAUAAAUAUAAUAAAAAACACUGUUAAAGAGCCUGGAAUGUGCUCUAAGAGGUUGGCUACAGAAGCAGUGGAACGUGGUAGCAAAGACAACAUUACAGUUAUUGUCGUUUUUUUACGCCCUGUAUCCACAGCAGAGAGAAUUUAUUAGCAUACCUUCCUUUUGAACUCUGGUUGAGACUUGUCGUAGAUAGAAGUAAUUUAUAUUCCUUUAUAUUCUUCAGAUACCCCCAUACCCAUUUGAUGAUUGAUUCAGUUGAUUGUAGAACUAUCCUGUAUUGAACCACCCUUCGAAGUGUGGUUCUAAUUUGCACAAGACUUUAAAUCAUGU